AAAAUGAUCAAAAAGGCAAAAACUAAUGUUGAAGACUUGAAGUGUUGAGCACUGGAAAUGGAAGCUACCCGCUGUAACCUGCAGAUCUGCCUGGUUGUUUGAACCGGUCGGUUCAUUGGUUUAACCGGUUGAACCGGUUAAACCGGAAACCGGACCUAAAAAUGGUUCGAUGACCGGUUCGGUUCUAAAAACCUUGUGUUGAAAUGGAGUGGCACCAGAAAGAGAAGGUAGUUACGUGUAAACAGAGUUUCCAUCUCCGACUUCUCCUGUAGAAACGAACGUGAUUGAAUAGUAUGUCUGUGUUUGGACAUGGGAAUUGCAUUCUUCUUUAUGCAUAGAAUACCUCAUGGAGAACCAGAACAACAAACUUCAACACAACAACAACAGCAAAAGUAUAAACCUAAACAACAGUUUAUCCUUUGGUCGAAUUCACUCUCAUAAGGAGAUGGGGGCGUUGGAGAUGGAAUCAAGAGCAGUUCUUGAGUUUGAGGAUGAGAGCCUGGAGAGCCCAGGGUCAGUAGCAAGAAAGAAUCAUUCAUUUAAAGAAGGAUCUCAUAUAAAUAUUGGUCUCAAUGAAUGCACUAAGUGCAGAAAUAGUCCUUGGAAUAGCAUUAAACUUGUUGUCUUCUCCACAAAACUCAACAUUCUAAUGAUCUUUGGCCCCGUAGCAAUCAUUGUGGACAAAUUCUCUGGUCAUCCUGGUGUGGUUUUUGUGUUAAGCUUAUUAGGAAUCAUACCUUUGGCUGAACGUCUUGGUUUUGCUACAGAGCAGCUGGCAUUCUUUACAGGAGCUACAGUUGGAGGGCUUUUAAAUGCUACAUUUGGGAAUGCAACUGAGUUGAUCAUAUCAAUUUUUGCAUUGAAAUCUGGCAUGAUUCGUGUUGUUCAACAGUCACUAUUGGGAUCAAUUUUAUCAAACAUGCUGUUGGUUCUUGGCUGUGCAUUCUUCGGUGGUGGACUUGUGAUUAUGAAAAGGGAGCAAGUUUUUAAUAAGGCAGCUGCUGGAGUGAACUCAGGAUUGUUGUUGAUGGCUGUCAUGGGCUUACUGUUCCCUGCUGUCUUGCAUGCUACAAACACAGAAUUGCAUUUUGGGAAGUCUGAGUUGGCUCUUUCAAGGUUUAGUAGCUGCAUUAUGCUUUUGGCUUAUGGUGCCUAUCUAUAUUUUCAGUUGAAGAGCCAGAAAACUUUAUAUGACAUGGGAGAGGAUGACAAUGAACGUAAUUCAGAUGAUGAUGAUGAGGCUCCUGAGAUGUCAAUGUGGGAAGCAAUAAUAUGGCUAUCUAUUUUGACUAUAUGGAUAGCAGUCCUCUCUGAAUAUUUGGUUGAAGCAAUAGAGGGAGCAUCUAAAGCCUUAAAAUUGCCAAUGGCAUUUAUCAGUGUUAUUUUGCUCCCUAUUGUUGGGAAUGCAGCAGAGCAUGCUAGUGCUAUCAUGUUUGCCAUGAAAGACAAGCUUGACAUUUCUUUGGGGGUGGCAAUCGGCUCAUCAACACAGAUAGCCAUGUUUGGGAUUCCUUUUUGUGUGGUCAUUGCAUGGAUAAUGGGACGCCCUAUGGACUUAAACUUUCAACUUUUUGAGACAGCUACACUCUUCAUUACAGUGCUAGUUGUGGCCUUCAUGCUGCAGGAGGGAACUUCUAACUACUUUAAAGGGCUAAUGCUCGUUCUUUGCUAUCUGAUAGUCUCUGCAAGUUUUUUCGUGCAUGUGGAUCCUACUGAUAUAGAGCAAAACAUACACCAUGAACCUGGCCAUUAAGACAAUGGAUCUGUAAAGUUGGUCGGCUAGCAGCACUACUAUUUUAACACAGGAAGACGGUUGUACUCAAAGCUCUGAAGAAUUCAUUGAUACUGAUGAGCUAAAGCUCAAGGUUUUAAUUCAUUUUUUUCAUACAUUGUAAGUUUGUGUACUCCAUUUCUUUUUUGGACUGCGUGACAUGCUGUUGAUCAGCACACCUUUCCGCACAACAUUUGGUGGAUACUUUCCUUUCUCCUGCUUGAUGGCAUAGUAUAUGGUUGGACACAGAUUUAGCCAUAUACAAAAGUUCAGUGUAGGUAUAGUUUAUCUGUGAAAUGUAACAAAUUCAGCUAAAUACAUAGAUUUCUUUCUU